GCCCCAUCAAGAUGGGAUUUGGUCCCCUGCAUAAUGUGUUUCCACUGGAUUCCCAGUGGUUCUGGUGCCAAAGCUCACCACAGGCACUCGCAUGAGUUACACCAUCAACUAUGGAGACACAACCCCUCUGGAUACAGUGACUGGAGAGACGAUACCCUAUCACUACAAUGCAGCUGGGACGUACGUGGUGACCAUCGAUGCCAGUAAUGAUUUGCCAGGAGUGUCCUCGAGCACAGUAACUGUAAUGCUUGAGGAGAACAUUGAUGGCAUCAUGGUGUCAGAGGUGCAAGCCACCACGCUGAACGAGACCAAGGACUUUGACGUCACGGUGGCCAGUCUUGGGACAAGGUCCUGCCUUGUAAUUGAUUACGACGACGCCACCCAAGAAAUAUUCGGCGAUCGGCCCACCUGCGAGAAUCAUGCCAAUUACCCCUCAGCCACCUACGUGCACCCACUCACCAACAGCUUCCGCGUCACUCACGUGUACACGUCACUGGGCUCCUUCCGCCUGAUCGCCUCGGGCUUCAACCGGGUGUCGGACGCCAGUGCCACGCUCUUCUUUGCCGUGUCCGACUUCAGCUGCAACUCCCCACGACUCUUCAUCCGUGACAGCCACCCGGACUGGCGUGGGCCCCGGGUUGCGCACUUCAAUGAGUACUUGCAGAUUCAGGGCGUGACCAGCGUUGAGUGCCAGUCCUAUGAGAACCAGAAGGUCUGGGAGUUGGAGGAGGUGGAUCCACAAACUGGCCUUGCCAUCCCUGGUACCGCCACCAGAUUGACCGGUCUCCCUCCAACGCACAGGUUCUACCUGCCGGAUGCCCAUACAGCUGAAAUCAACAUUCCCCCGUGGACCAUCCCCCUGGGUACCUGGAAGUUCAAGUACACUGUCCACAUGGACCGGGAUACGCCCGAAGACAUUGACUACGUCGCAUUCGCCAAUGAAUACGUCCAGAUACGGUCCUCGCCCCUUACAGUUCAGAUCAUCGAGGGUCAGACAACUUCCAAGGUCAUAGGUCAUGGUCUGGCCAUUCGACUGCAGCCAGGCGUGCUGUCACGUGACCCAGACCUGCCAGACGAUGUCACUGAUCAGAAUUUUACCAGUAUUGAGUAUUUUUGUCGACGUUUCUACGAGCCAUGGAAACUGGACGACCAGAGAGAAAUUGACAAGAGUUACAAGAUUCCAGUGGGUGUUCCGAAUUCAGGAGAUACAGAGGAUGGAGGCUGCUUUGGGACAGGAAGUGGUCUCUUAGACUAUGAGGAUGACGUGCUCGACCUGGACACCACCCACACCUUGCCCAACAUGGCCUACGAGAUCAUGGUCAUCGUCACCAAGGGGCCCAGGCGUGCAAAUGCCUCCAUCUACUUCACCGUGAAGCCUGGCAACCCACCACAGGCCUCCAUCAGUUGUAGCGGAGGAACAUUGUUUGAGUCGGCCUAUGCAUCCCUGGUGGUCAACCCGACCGACGACUUCCGACUGCGCGCCAGCUGCGAGACUGGGUGUGACGAUGCCGUCUACCGGUGGGACAUGGACUACUUCAAUGAAAGCAAUGCGGUACAGCCGGUCACCAACUGGGAACAGCAUGCGACUGGUGUCUUGACGGAUUCCCUGUACAUUAACAAGGAUGUCUUCACCAUACUCCCUGAUGUAUACACCUACCUGUUCACCCUCUACGUCACCAACAAAUUGGGUCAGAGUGGGAAAGCACACACGCGCGUUGUUCUCAACAAGCCUCCAGAGGGCGGUGUCUGCACAAUCACCCCAUCAGAGGUCACGGUUGGUAAUAUGGUGGAUAUCGUAUGUUCUGAUUGGGAGGAUGAACAUGGCAUCGCCAACUACGAGUUCUUUGUACAAGCAGACAGCAAUACUGUGAACAAAGUGGUGGGAUUUGGCAAUCUGCCAGGUGUGCGGUUCUUCCCACCAUUAGGCAAGGCAGAGGAUAACUACAUAGUGAAGUUUGGAGUGCAGAUUGACGACAUUUUAGGUGCGACGACCAUUCACAACAUCGGUUCAAUCAGAGUACGACCAAGUAACAUCAGCACCUCGGAAUUCUUGUCGGAGGAGAACACGGUGAACGCCGAAAGGCGGUUCAAGACUUUGGCCGCUGAAGGGAACUCCCGAGCCAUCAAUAACGUCAUCCUGACCGAGUCGUCCAGGCUGAAUGACAUUCGCUCUGUCGAAGUGCGGGCUUUUAAUGCAUCUAAUGCCACAUCGGAGGAGGAGUCACCAGCCGAAAAUGUCAUGGACACAAGACUUUACGAAGCUGGACGGACCAAACGAGCAUAUUGGAGAAAGAAUAUGGCUGAAUUGCAGACUGAGACAAGUCUAGACUCGCUGGGUGAUGUGCUGUACAGUGCAACGGCUGCAACAGUACUGACUGAAGCAACUGAUGAACUAUCCCACGAUGCCCUGUCGUCUAUGACCAAUCUGGGCGGGAAGAUGGUCCGGACGCUGAAGCGCCUGGCCAAGGACACCGACCAGAAGACGUUGAUAAAGACGUCGGUGGCAAUAUAUGAGAGUCUCACCAACAUGCUUGAGGGCUCGGCAAAGACCAUCGAUGAGCCCCUGUGGCUGCUGGACCAGUUUGAGGAGGCAGGCUCAGUCGGAGGGUUCUCCUCACUGAAUCAAGAUAUCCAGAGGGAAAUCGUCCAAUCAGAAGACAUGUCUCGUCUGACUACAGAAAACACUGUCACCGAGAAACUCAAAGAGGAAAAAGAGAAAAAGGCCCAUUCUGUCGUGUCACAGACCAACCUGCUGAUUGCAGAAGUAGCCAACAUCAUGAAAGAGAACAAGCUCCCACGAGAGCCCCCCAGCCUGAUUAAAACCAAGACCGCCAGCAUGACGUUGUCGCGCAAUGAAGCUGCUGUAGCAGUUCAAAUGGCAGUGAAGGAAGGUGAGGGCGCUUUCAAUCUCCCGAGCUGGUGCUCCCUCAAGGGACAGAAAGACUGCGACAAGGAAGAAAUCAUUGAUGUGCAGAGUAAUUCGUUCCUGACCAACCACUACAAUUACAUGGACAGCAGUGAGCGCAUCUCGGACAAGUCAAACAUCAUGGCACUCAAGUUUGAAGACCAGAACGGGAAGGAGAUCAACAUUGGUGACUCCUUGGAGGAGAUCGAGAUUUGGAUCCCGCGGCCCAACAGCAAGACACCCCAGUGUCACAGCUAUGAGCAGAACUUCAACACCACCAGUCAGUCAGGCAUGUCCUUGCACACGUUCCACGUCCCGUUUGACCAGACCACGGUUACCCUGGAGGUCCUUCCCGAGGAGUUCUUCAGCGUGCAGUACGGCCUGCUGCUGCGAUACAAGCACCCGCCGUCCAGGGACGAGUACGACCACCUGUGGAUUCUACCUUACAACAUCAGCCUGGGAGCCAAUGUCAGUGACUACACGGUCUACCUUAACGAGACUUACAUCGCCAACCGGACGGGUACCUACUACCUGGGUAUCGUGGAGCUCCCCCAGGCCCCCCAGGGGGACCUGCCCGACACAGUGUUCGACGACCACCUCAGCCCCCGGGAGGUGCUGGAUGACAUCCUGAGGAUGCACCGGGUGUUCAACUUCACAGGGAACUACACGCUGUGCGUGUAUGUCUCGGGCUGUGCUUACUUCAACAACCUGACUCAGGAAUGGUCCACCGAGGGAGUCAGGGUUGGACCCAAGACCACCAAGGACCUGACCCAGUGUUUCUCCAGGCACUUGACUGACUUUGCCAGCACCUGGAUAGUGCCCCCGACUCCACUUGACUUUGAGUACAUCUUCAACAAUGCAGGAUUUUUGGAGAACCUGACUAUUUAUAUCACCACCAUCGCCAUCUACGUGCUCUUUGCCUUCAUUUUCAUCUGGGCACGGCGAAAGGACAGGAAGGACAUCAUCAUGCAAGGACUAACCCCACUGGCUGACAACAAGCCCAAGGACAAGUAUCUGUAUGAGAUAGCGGUCAUGACAGGGCAAUGGAAAGGCUCCGGCACCGACUCAAAGGUGCAUUUUAUCCUGUCUGGCGAAGACGACGAGACGGAGGUCAGGAUGUUUGAGGAUGACAAACGCCCCAUCCUACAGACGGGCUCCAUCGACCGCUUUGUCAUGGCUGUGCCUAGACCCUUGGGUACACUGAACUACAUGCGGCUCUGGCACGACAACUCGGGCAAAGGCGCAAUGCAGAACUGGUUCCUGUCUUACGCGGCUGUGCGGGACCUGCAAACUAGACAGCGCUUCUACUUCAUCGCCAAUCGCUGGUUCUCAUUGGUCGACGAUGAUGGCCAGGUGGACAGGCUGCUCCCCGUGGCCGGCCGAGAGCAGAUGCAGGGCUUCAGCCACGUUUUCUCCAGCCACACCCGUAAGAACCUGAACGACGGCCACCUGUGGUUCUCCAUUUUCCUGCGGCCCGUGGGCAGCCGCUUCACCCGUGUCCAGCGCACGGCCUGCUGCCUGAUGGCCCUGUGGCUGGAGAUGCUGGUCAACAUCAUGUGGUACAAGGUGGUCCCGCCGGCCACCUCCUCCAGCGCCAUCAACAUUGGACCCUUCAGCCUGUCCCCAGCACAGAUCAGUAUUGGCGUCCAAUCCAGCAUCAUCGUGUUCCCCAUCACCCUGCUGGUGGUGCAGAUCUUCCGCAAGGUGCGGCCGCGCAGGAGGCAGAAGUCCCACCGCCGCAUCAUCAAGGAGCAACAGGAAGAACUCAGGAAGAAGUACAAAGUUGGCAAGGAGGAUGUGAUCUCCCCCACUCAUGUGGUCAUGGAGAACAGGCCAGCGACUGACGUCGAGGACACCAUCAGCACGCGCUCCGAGGUGAACCUCCUGGACAACCAGGCGGACGAGGCGCCCAUCGUCACGAUCCGGACCACCGCCUCUAAUCCACCCCAGAAGCCCUCUGCUCAAAGGAAGAAGAGGAAGUUCUCCUUGCCCUGGUGGGUGGUCAUCAUCGGCUGGAUCCUCUGCAUCCUCUCCAUCGUCACGGCGACCGUCUUCACCGUCUUCUACGGUAUCAGCUUUGGCGAUCAGACCACCAAGGAGUGGCUGACCUCGCUGGUCAUCUCCUUCAUCACAGGUAUCCUGUUCACCCAGCCAAUCAAGAUUCUGCUGGUGGCCAUGUUCAUCGCGCUGAUCAUCAAGAGCCCCAACGCUGACGAGGAGGAGGGAGAUGUGGAAGAAGAUGAGGAGGACAAGGAGCUGGGCAAGGACGAGAUGUGGCUGCAUGACUUUUCUUCCCCGACCCAGCGUAAGAUCGCCUACAAGCCCCCGGAUCCGGCCGACCUAGAGCGCAUCCGUGAGCAGCGCAUGAAGGAGCUGAAGAUGUACAACAUCCUGCGGGAGAUCGCCUUCUACAUCGUCUUCCUCUGGACGCUGAUGGUCUUCAGCUACAGCAACGUCGACCCCUUCGCCUUCUACAUGAAGGACCAGUUUGUCAACACGCUGAACAACGGAGAUGGUAUCAACACAUUCAACAAGGUCAGUGGAAUCAAACAUUUCUGGAGGUGGGUAGACACUGGUCUGGUUCCCAACCUCUAUGCUGACAGGUGGUACAACGGUAAGGUGGAUCCCCACCAGGCCGGCUUCUUUGGCGACCGUCAGUCCUUCAUCCUGGGCAAAGUGGUGAUGAGGCAGCUCCGGAUUAAGCCAGGUCUUUGUGACGUCCAUGAGAGCUUUGAGGAGAUUGUUCCUGAAUGUAAUGAGGAAUACAGUCUCUUCAAUGAGGACACAGCUGAUUACGGGAGAGCCUGGCAAACAGUGAACGAUUCAGAUGAGACAGCUGAAAGUUAUCGGUAUAUUCCAGCCAGCGAGCUGGAGGGCUACCCAUUCCUGGGGAAGCAUGCACUGUAUGGUGGAGGUGGUUACGUGGUGGUUGUGGACGGCUCCCAGCAUGAGAUGCGCCAGAUGUUCCGCCGACUGUACAACGAGACGUGGAUCGACCGCUACACUCGGGCAGUCUUCAUUGAGUUCUCCUGCUAUAACCCGCACGUCAACCUCUUCGCCGUGGUCUGCCUGACAGCCGAGUUCCUCCAGACAGGCGCUGGCCAGCCCACACACCGGGUAGACAUCAUCCGGCUCCUGACCUACGCCGAGGGAUUUGGCCUGGUCCGCAUCAUCUGUGAGGUCAUGUUCUUCUGCUUUAUCCUCUUCUUCAUCGUCAAAGAGGUGCGCAACGCCCGGCGGGAGCGGCGGCAGUAUCUGCGCAACUUCUGGAACUGGACGGAGUGCGCCAUCAUCGGCUUCUCGGUCGGGGCGGCCAUCAUCUACUUCUACCGCCUCUAUAUCACCAAUGGCCUGCUGGCCAGGCUUAAGGAAGGGGGCUACCGCUACAUCAAGCUGCAGUACAUAGCGUACUGGAAUGAGCUCCUGGGCUACAUGCUGGGCUGGAUCGUGUUCCUGGCCUCGCUCAAGUUCCUGAAGUUGCUGCGCUUCAACCGUCGCAUUGGGGUCCUCUCCAGCACCAUCCACAAUUGCUCAUCAGACCUCAUGUACUUUGGCAUCAUGUUUGGCAUUGUCUUCUUUGCUUUUGCCACGGCCUUCUACCUGAUAUUCGGCAGCAACGUGUACGACUAUUCCGACUUCAUUUACACCUGCGAGUCACUGAUUGCUGCCAUCUUGGGCAAGUUUAAGUUCAAGGAGCUGAUGAGUGCCCAGAAGGCACUAGGCCCCUUCUUCUUCUUCUCAUUCAUGAUGUCCAUGAGCUACAUCCUGAUCAACAUGUUCCUGACCAUCAUCAAUGAAGCAUUCAAGAUUGUGAACGCCGACAUCUCCAAGCAGUCCAACGAGUACGAGAUGGUGGACUUCAUGAUCAGGCGGCUGAAGCUCUGGACGGGGCUGGGUAAGCCGCCGGCCAUCCCCGGGGACAGGAGGCCAGGCGAGGGAGACGAGGACGGUGGUCCGAAGAAGGAGCAGGACCUGAUGGACGAGUUCCCCGAGAAGGUGGACCAGCUGCUCAACUCCAUCGCCAAGAUCUACUUUAACCAUGAGAGCUUCGACGAGGUGAUCCGUGGCAUGGGACAGAACGGGAAGAAGGAAAAAGGGCCCAAGAAGACGAUCUCAGUUUAAAGAAAAAAGAUUUUGGCUAUCAGUCUUGAGAUCGAGAUGUAUGUAGGUUGAUAGAUUCCAGAGAAAGACUACCCAUGGAAUAAAAACACUGGCUCUGUUAUGGUUUCACUGUGUUUGACUGUAUAUCACUUGAUAUAAAACUGUCGGGUUUUUCCUUUUUGAGUUGAGGCAAAGGAUAUGAACCCGUAGGACUUAUCAGGUUCCUUGGAUUUUCAGGUUUAAGUAAGGCCAUACUUGUAAGGAUCUGAAUGAAGAACUUGGUUCUGUAAACCAAUUUGUUUAGUUUUAAAGGACCCAUAAGAAACCAAUUAGCAUGCGUGAUUAAACUCACUGACUGAGCAAGAUCGUAUAAGUUGUACAGGCAUUCCUAUGGCAGACGAUUGAUUUCAAAGAAUCUUACAGCAAAUGUUGUUGCAGCCCACUGAUAAACAUUUAAAUGUGUACUUAGGUGUGUACAUAGGAAGUUAGAAACCCUUUAAAAAAUUCCAUUUUGACUUGAUGGUUCCGUUGAAUGUAGAGUAUGAAAUUCAGGCAUUACCUUAAUUUUCCAUUCACUGAAAGGUUUUUUGGUUUCAUAUAUUACUGUAAACCUUUGUUUUGUUUCGUUUUUAUGUCAGUUCCAUCAUUUGUGUUUUAGUGCACAGAUAAUUUGUUUUCAGUUUGAAAAUAGAUGUUUAAAAUGAGCAUUGGAAGAAAACUCAGUUGGGUGACGACAAUUUUUUAUUGGAUUGAAAGUACUGAAACUGGAUUUGAAAUUUCUCU